GGCCGCCGCGCAGCAGCGAGGUCCUCGAGGCCGAGGUGGUGGGCGCGCCGGGCGACGCGGCCCAGCCGAGCGCGGCCCCGCCCAGCGGCACGCUCGAGGCCGUGGUCGUCGGCGGCGGCGCGGCAGGGCUGUGGCUGGCACUCCGCCUGGCCGCUGGGCGGCGCGGCGAGGCCCGGGUGCGCGUCUACGAGCGCCGCUGGGAGAGGUCCGGCUCGGCGCUGCGCUGGCGCGAGCCCACGCCUGGACAGCAGCGCGCGGAGGCGUGCCGCAGGAAGCUGCCCGCGGUGGUGCCCCCGCGCUUGUGGGCUGCGCUGCCCGCCGAGGUGCAGGAGGCCAUCUUCCCGCCCGGAGGCUACGCCGAGCAGUGGCCGAGGAUGCUGGCCGAUCAGGGCACGGAGGGCCACUUCCCCCGCACUGUCCGCCUCGGCGCGCUGGAGGAGGCCCUGCUGCGGACCUUGCAGGAGCCAGCCUGGGAGGAUGCGGUGGAGCUGAAGCCAGCCGACUACGACAGCGCGGAGCACGGGCGCGUUCUUCGGGACGACCGCUUCCAUGCAAUAGUGCUUGCGGACGGCGAUAUGGCCCUGCAGAUCCGGGACGGUGUGCUCGGGUCGUGCGAUUUUUCGAGAACCGUCCCGAGACCUGUGGACUCCGUACGGUCCGGCAGAUCGUUGGGAUUGUUCUUCGAGCUCGGUGACGCAGAUGGUACUCAUGCUGAUCGAGCCCGUCGCGGGUUGAGUGUGAUGUCCGAUACCGUACUCUCAAUGUCCCAACGUCGGUACUUGCUCAGCUGGACAGGCCCUAGCCACGGAAUGUUGCAGAUGAGAUUGACAGACGACGAGGUUCAGGAGCUGUCGCGCUUUGCCGUCGCGGACGGCAGGGUGGGCCACAAGCCCUUGAGCGCGCUCGACCUUGGCGAACUGCGUGGCAGCGCCAGCGCCGUGUGGCGCCGGGCGCUGGACGGGCUGAAGCUCCACGCCCUCCCAGAGGCCGCCGUCCACGACGCGGCCUGCCUCUCCUGCGACUUCGCGGACAGGGUCUGCUUCCGCUCCCCGGUGCUCGGCGCGGGGACGCCGGAGACCAGCACGGCGGGGGCCGUGGCCUACCUGAUCGGCGAGGCCGCGCUCGAAGGCUUGGCGGACGUGGCGCCUGGCCUCGGGCCGUCGGCUGCGCUGGAGGGCGCGGACUCCCUGGCCCGAUCGCUCGACUGUGGGGAAGGGGGGUACCAGGCUCUCAUGCUACGCUUGCGGGAAAAUCAGCGCUACGCGGCAGACUCGAAGACUGAAGCCCGUAUGAGCGCCCAGCUCACUCAGGAGGCGACGGACGUGGCUUCUGCUGGGGCCAGCGAGGCCUUCCUCUCGAGCCUGAGCUCCGCGACGGCCUCCGUGCAGGUCGAACGAUUUCCCAGCGACCGGGCGGCGGAGAUGCUGCCAAUCGGGGAGCUCCAAAGCUGUGUGCAGGGCGCUGGAUUGGACCCCGAGACGUUCCUGGUGCUCUCAUCCACGAGGCCGUGGCGGGCAGACCUGCCCCCAACCGACUCCCACAUUGCCCAUGAGGACAAGGUCACCUUCAUCGAUUACGGCGGCGAGACGACGGAAGGCAUGGCCCACGCAGCCAAGCUUUCCAAGCUGGCCAAAGUUGGGGACCCUAGAGCGCAGUGCGAGCUCGGGAUCAUGCUAUUCACUGCCGAUGGGAUCAAUCGAGACACAGCCGCCGCGUUCUCUUGGCUGACGAAGUCGGCGGAGCAAGGGAACCUGCAGGCGCAGAACUGCGUGGGCGCGAUGCUGCGGAACGGCUUCGGGUGCGCGGUGGACAAGCAGAAGGCCGCUGCUUGGUUCAAGCUCGCUGCCAAAAAAGGCGACAUGGAAGCGCAGUACAACCUGGGCGAGAUGGCACUCGAAGGCGACGGAAUGGCUUGGGAUCAGGCGAAAGCGGCCCGGUGGUUCGAGAAGGCCGUCGCGCAGGGGUUUCCGACAGCGAAGUGGCGUCUCGGCAAAAUGCUGCACACUGGCGACGGUGUUGACCAGGACAUGCCCAGGGGCCUACAACUGCUGCUGGACGCGGGGCAGGCGGGCGAGGUGGAGGCGAUGGCGGCGCUCGGGAAAAUAUACUACGACGGAGUCGGUGUCCCUGUGGACAAGGCCGCCGCGGCGAUGUGGUUCAAGCGUGGUGCUGAGCUAGAAGACGCGUGGUGCCAGCUCAUGUUCGCUGAGAUGCUGGAGGUCGGCGACUCCGUGAGGAGAGACCCGGCCAGGGCCCAGGACUGGUUCAGGCGCGCGGCAGCGAAGGGUUUGGUGGAGGCCCGUGCACGCUGCAGGGAGGACCGUGGGCUGCCUUCGCCGUCCUCCCCCUGA